AUGGCCUCCGCGAUGUCCUUGCCAACGCAGUUCGAGGCUUCCAUGGACGCCAUGAAGCUGAAGUCCUCCCCGGUUGGAUCGCCGGUGGGUGCCGACGGUGCCUCCACCUUCGCACCGAGUGAGGCCGCUUCGCGUGUGUGGUCCCGGCAGUCCUCGCCAGAUCGGGAGGAGCUGGCGCCGCGGUCUGCUCCCUUGGAGCUUCGCUCCCUCAAGGUGGCCCUUCAACACGCGCGCCUGCAGCGCUGCCCUCUCCGAGCUUGGCUGAAGCAGCAGCGGGGGAUUGCCGCCGAUCUUGCUGCCCUUGAGGACUCCGAGUCUGAAGAGGAAGCCGACCCCGUGGUGGCGAG